UAAAAACAUUUCUCAUCAUUUGACGGGAAUGAAAUUGUUUUUUUUCCUGGAUUUCUUUAAAAACGCAGUUCUCUCUUAUAGUGUUUGUGCUUGCUCCUUGUCCAAAAUAUGGCUCUAACAAAUGUGUUGUUAUUGAGCCAAAUAGCAGGCUAUAUUAUAAGUUUGAUCCUUUCGCUGUGUAUAACAGUCCCUAUGAGUAUGCACCAAGAUGAGUUCAGUGGUCACUGUCUACUAUUCUCUGGAGGGACAUGGGGGCCCGAUGACGGCCAGUUGCAGGUGUCCUGGGCUUCGAAGGCUUAUUGCAAUUACGUCAUCGUGGUUGGAGUGCUCAUGUUCAUCGUCAGUUGUGUACAGAUCUACAGGUUAUCACUGUUUAUGUACAAAGGCAUUGACAGUUCGUUCCUCUCGGCAUUCCUGGAAGCCGUGGGCUGCAUGCUGAUCUGUGGGUUUGCCGUCUCCGCCGCUGUGAUAGUCACACUCGGCUUCAUGACGUGGUGCAACACUAUUGUGCAAAGGUUUCCCAGUUGUGAAGAUGCCGCUGGGCAAGACAUUGACAAAAAGGACAACAUAGCAACAAAAGGAUUCUAUGUUCAAAUCGGCUCAACUCAGUUUGGCGCGUGGGGAGCGUUCGCCACAUGGGUGGGGCUGGCCGUGUUCUCGCUCCUGAAGGUGUGCCGCUACCACCAGCUGCAGAACAUCCAGGUGUCCAUGUACAGGGAGCGGCAGAGGCUCGUCAACGAGAACGAGUCUCCGCCGGUCGCCCGCAGCUCCCCUCCCGUGCCCGUCGAGUAGACGUUGCAGAUUAACGUGAUGCCUCAAGUCAGUGAUCUGUUCAUCCGAGCGUCGAUUCGAAAGUGAUAUUGUUAAUUCUUGUACAAAGUAUAAGUCAGUGUAGUGUCGCACUACACUGACUUAAUUUAUAUGUAUUGUUAAAUGAUCUCUGCCAAAUUAUAUAAAAUUGUUUUAAUUUAAUAGUUAAGUUUAUUGAGAUUUCCUUUUUUUUUUAAUAUUGGAAUCAAAUGCCUUAUUUGAAUAAAAAUUUAUAAUUUAUCAAUCUUAAACGGUUAUAGAAAACCAGUGUCGCGGCCUUUGCACAUGCUGAGCGAGGACCAUUUUGGUGUAUAUUUUAUGGUCGUUUUAAUUAGUUUAAAAUGUUUGUAAAAAUAUAAAUAAUUUUUCGUUCUUUCUUUCAUUAUCAAAAGGAAGAAAAAUUGCAAUAUUGACCAAUCGAAAGUUAAAAUAUAAUUCAGUUGUAAGUGAAAUAUAAUUCAGUGGUAAAUUCAUUGUAUUUUAAUAAGUUGGAAGACCUUAUCUCUUUUUUUCUUUAAACGGACCUUUUAUUUUUCUUAAAAUAGACAUUAUCCAUUAUGAAUAGUUAUAGAUUUUUAUACUCGCGCAUUUAACACUUAGAAGUUGUAAAUAAUGUUUUAAGAGCUGUUAUCAGCGUCUGUAUAUUGAAUGAUAUGUUUAUGUUAUAAUAAUAUAAUCGCUUACCAGGGAAUAACUCUGUAUUUUUAAUAAAAAAAUGUUACUAUAAUGAAUAUUAGGUUAAUUACAUAAAGUUUAUUAACUCA